GCUGUCUUCUCUGGAUCCCUCUGUGCGCCGGCAGUGGCGGCUGGGACUCGGGGUUGCGGGCGGCUCGAGACACCCUUGUCCUGCGCUGGACAGCGCAGGGGACUGCCUGUCCUGCCGAGCUUGCGCGCUGAGUAGGGAUUCGCCGGGCAAGCGCUGGGCAUUUCGAGAGCUCGGUGAGAGCGAGGGACGCUUCUCUCGGGAUGUCUGCAUUUCUCCGGCAGCUGCGGGCUGAAAGUAAAUUCUGAAGGCAGAUAAAGUGUAGCAAUGGCUGCUGUUUAUUCUGGCAUUUCACUUAAGCUUAAAAGCAAGACAACUUCCUGGGAAGAUAAACUAAAACUAGCUCACUUUGCUUGGAUUUCCCACCAGUGCUUUCUUCCAAAUAAAGAACAAGUUUUACUUGAUUGGGCAAGACAGUCAUUGGUUGCCUUUUAUAAGAAAAAACUUGAACUGAAGGAAGAUAUUGUUGAAAGACUUUGGAUCUAUGUAGAUCACAUUCUACAUAGCAGAAAAUUGCAAACUCUCCUCAAGAAUGGAAAGACAAUUGACCUUCAGAUUUCUCUUGUCAAGAUGAUAAAUGAGAGAAUAUCUGAAUUCUCUCUCUCUGGAUCUGAAAGAAACAUGUGUGCUGUCCUGAACUGCUGCCAGGGCAUCCUCUCAACACCUUCCCUGGUUGUCAUCUACACGGCCAAACAGGAGCUGCUUGUGGCUUUGCUAAGUCACCUUUGCUGGUCAGCCUGCAGGCAGCCAGAAAGUGCAGUGACAGCCCAGCUAUUUGAGGUCAUUCACCUCGUCCUUAGCCAUUAUCUUUGUAUCCAGCAACAACAGGCCAACCCCCGACGUAUCUUCAUGGAUGUGACUGGACACCUGCUACCGCCCUGCCUUAUCCUGAGGCACUUGCUCUCUGGGGGCACAUGGACACAGAGCCAGCUGCAGCCGGUGCUAAGCCGGGAUGUUAGGAGUCAGAUUGAGGCCAUGCUUCGAGGUGGGAUUUUUCGGCCUGAUAUGCUCUCAUCAUACAAAGAAGAACUCUUGGACCAGCAGCAAAGUGACUCAAAGAUGGGCACCAUGAAGAGUCUUCUUGCUCCUCUGGACACUGUGGCUACCAGGCUGGUAAGUGCUGAUUUCUGUGAGCCACGCCUUCAUGCCUCUGUAGUGGCCAGCUCAGUGGCCCUGCUGUACAGGCUCUUUCUGGAUUCUUACCUCAAGGAAGGAAACCAGUUUCUCUGCUUUAAGGCUCUACCCAGGCUUUUUGGCUGCCUGCGAAUUUUACGCCUACAGGAGGAGCAACUGAAAAACUUGUCCACAUCUGAUUGGACCACGGAGCUCCUGGUUGUGGAGCAACUGCUAAACUUUGUGGCCAGCAACAACAUCUACAACGUGGCUGCUGACAGGAUCCGGCAUGAGGAGGAACAAUUCCACUUCUACCGGCGAUUGGCUGAGCUGCUGAUAAACCACUCACAGGCACCUGUGCCAGCCUGGUUUCGCUGCCUCAAGAUUUUGAUGUCUCUGAAUCAUUUGAUUCUGGAGCCAGACCUGGAUGACCUAUUGUCUUCAGCUUGGAUUGAUGCAGAAGUAAUGGAGUUUCGAACCAAGAAAGCCCAGGAGGUGCUUAUUGACACCCUCUUCCAAACAUAUGCCAAACUCCGACAGGUGCCACGGUUGUUUGAGGAAAUUUUGGGGGUGAUCUGCCGUCCAGCUGCUGAGACACUGAGGCAGCCUGUGCUGACUUCAGCCCCCUCCACAGUGCUCUCUGCCUGCCUCCUGGAACUGCCACCAAGUCAGAUCCUAGACACAUGGUUUCUUGUGCUAGAGAAGUUCCAGUCUGUAGUCCUGCCCUGCUUGCAGAGUGAUGUUGACAUGGCCCUAAAAUCUCUCUCCCUGAGCUCAUUGCUGCAUUGUAUCAUGUUUAACAUGCGGAGUCUAGACAGCAGCACACCAGUGCCCAUCAUCAGGCGGAUGCAAUGUGUAAUGAACAGGAUGCUGGGAAAUCUCGUGAAGCCUCUGCUGGCCCUUCUCCCCGGCUCCCCAGGCCCAAAGUCUGAGUUGUGGGUGCAGAAGGUGAGUGACUCUGCACUACUACUCUCUUACACCUGGAUGCAGGUGGACACCAUGCUCAGUUUGAACUGUGGCCAAUAUCACUCGGUGGCUGAGGACCUGACCAAGGAUGCUCUAAAGGUCUCAAACCUCCCUUCAUUGCUCCCAGGUUUGGAAGCACAGCAUUGGAGGAAGGUCGAGAAGUUUAUAGCUCAGUCCAACUCUCUCAGUAGUUAUUGCUUAAAACAGCUCUACCUGCAGAAAAUGAAAAGGACUUUACUGCAGGCUAAUCCCCUUUUGGAAGAAGUCCUCCAUACUUUGAGGUAUGAUGCUGCUUACAUUCUUGAUUCUGCCAAAGACAGCUUGAGUCAAAAGACAGUGGCUUCCUGGGAUGGGCAGGUGGGGACAGUGUGUGCAUCCACAUACCAUGUAGCACACUGGCACUUGAUUGUGUCCAACCUCACAAUUUUAAUACCCUACCUAUGUCUGGAUGAUAUAAGGUAUGUGGCCAGUGUCUUGUUAAGAACUUUAUCAACAAGCAAAGCCCAGGAAGGCUCAGUGGAUGAAGAACCAUAUAUCACACUUGAGAAUCUAUCCACAGCCCUUCUUCAUAGUCCUCUCUUUCCAGAGAUGCAGUCCCUCCAUUCCGCCUUCCUGAUGUGCAUAGUUGCAAGAUGUUCUAGCAUUCUGUGCUCUGGUGACCAGGAUUUUCUCAGUCAGCAGCUACCUUGGCUCUUUGAAAAGGACCACACAGUUUUGGCUCAUUGGGAAACCAGAUUUGCAAAAGUUGGACCUGAAAGUGCAGAACCAAGAAGAGAAAUUGCCCAGAGCUUACUUUCUCUGGUCAAGAGUGACUUCCUCAUCCGUUUGGAGGAAGAGCAGCUAGAAAGCCUCCUGGGGCUUUUGCAGGUCAUUUCCACUCUACACCUGGACAGUCUCUUACCACCCUAUCAUGUGCAUUAUUUUCUCUUGUUGCUGUCCAUGUCUAUUACCACAGUGGGCUGCUCCUGCCCCUCCUUGAGCCUCCAGUUCUUAGUGACUUGCUACCGGCUUCUCAGCUGCCUGCAGAGGGGAAAGAGUGCUCGCUCUGUGUUCAGGGUCCUGUAUGUUAGUGAUUUAUUUGAGAUUGUGCUGACCUCAUUGCUGCAAGCCAGUAAUAGACUCCUUGUGAAGGUAGAUGAUCCCCUGUGGCUGCUGCUUCUCCAAGUGAUGGGGACAUUUUUGGAGCAGCUGAUGCAAAUGCUCAUCCAGAUAAAGCUGAAUUUGGUGCUCAAUUUUGGGAAAAUCACUGCCUUCCUCUCAAGGUGCAAAUCGUACACUGAAGCAGCUUCUAGCAAGCAGUUGGAAAACCAGAUUCCUCUGAGCAGUCAGCUACUUUUGGUGGCCCUAACAAAAUUGUGCCAAGUCCUGGGGCCUUUUGUCAGAGAGCGGAGGCAGCCACAGGAGGCACCAGCGGUGCUGCCCGAGCUGCUGCAGCAGGCGUUGGAUGCUGCACUUCAGCUGUGUUCCACAUCAGGGGUUGGGGCCAGCUGCCUACCCUCUGCCCUCCUCCCUGCUGUCACCACACUCUUGGAAGUAGACCUGAGUCAGCACUGCAGGGACAGAGUGGCUGAGAUUACCCAGGUGACAGAUAGAACACUUCUGUCACAUGUGGCCCUCUACCAGGAUGUUUACAAACAACUACUAUCAGAGUUGCCAGUCCUUGCAGGGAACACUCAGUGUUUCCAGGCAGCCUUGCAGUUCCUAACUCUGUUCUUUUCAGCCCCAGAGCUCCAUCCCAAGAAGGGCUCCGUUUUUACCUCUGUGUUUCACUCUGUGAGAAGAGUUCUUACAGUUCCUGAAGUUCCUGCUCAAAUCAUUCAGGACUUGGAGCCUGACUUGGGAGCCCUUUUUGCCCAGAUGCUGGAGGCUGGGACAGCAGAGGACUUGGCACUGGUGAUGCGGUCUGUGCUCCAGGGGCUGGAUAUUGGCUGUGCAUGGAGGGCAGACCUGCAGGCUGUUUUGUCUGCUGUUAGGUUGCUGAAGCUGCUACUGAGCUGCCCACUCAGUGGAGAGAAAGCGAAUUUGUUGUGGCGUGCAUGCCCCCAGAUUAUCACGGCCCUGACGCUGCAGAACCGAGAGGCUUGUGAGGAGCAGCCUGUGGCCCUUGCACGGGUCAUACCUAUUCUCGAUGUCUUGGCUGCUCUGCUGCGGCAGGGGGAGAACGCCAUCAGCAACCCCCACCACGUCAGCCUGGCCUUCAGCAUCCUGCUGACCAUCCCCCUAGACCACCUGAGGCCACCAGAGUACGGCAGCAUCUUCUCAAGGAUGCACAACAUUCUCUUCUCCGUGCUGCAGUGUCAUCCCAAGGUGAUGCUGAAAGCCCUCCCAUCUUUCCUGAACUGUUUUAAUAGACUGGUGUUUUCAGUGAUGCACGAAGGGAGGCAGAAAGACAAAGGGAGCACUGAUGACCUGCCCAUGGUCCUUGAGUGUGCACGCUUGGUGGAGAGGAUGUACAGCCACAUUGCUGCACGAGCUGAGGAGUUUGCUGUGUUUUCCCCCUUUAUGGUGACCCAGUAUGUAACGGAGACACAGAAGGUGACCUUGUACCCAGCUGUGAAAGAUGUGCUGCAGGAGGGCAUUUACCUCAUCCUGGACCUGUGCACUGAGGCUAACAUCCAGUUCCUUCGGGCCUCACUGCAGCCUGGAGCGAGAGAUGUCUUUAAGGAUCUGCACAGUGACUAUGUGAAGUACCACAAGGCUAAGCAGGAAGGAGAGAGAAGAUACACCGCCUAGAUGAGCUGCAGCACUACCAAGGAGGAGCUGCGCAGUGUCUACCCAACAUACCACAAGACUGAGCAGGCCAAGAGGGAAGACACCAUCUAACCAGUUGUAGAAACACAUUAGGGCCACUCUUCCAAGGCUUUGGCAUGGUCUGAGAGCCUUGGAGUGUGAAGACCUUAGAUGCUCUGAUGCACGGAGCUGACACAUGUGGAAUGCCCUUUGGAUCUUAUAUAUUUUUAUAGCAUGUUUUUCUCACUAUUCCCUUAUUUAUUAAUUUUUUUUUUGUAAUCACUUUUUUUUAUGGUGGUAGGGAUAUAGCCAAGGACCUUGAGCCUGCUGAGCAUAUGCUUUACCACACCUGGCCCUUGUAUAUCUUUUUAUAAGUAAUGAUGAAUUAGAAUCCUGAAACUGGACCCUGGAAUGAGAAUUAUUGGCUCUUGCAACCCACCCUGCUUAGCUCUUGUCCUGGGUCAGGGGCUGGUGUCCCUCUCUCCUGGCUAAGAACAAUAUAGAACUUGGCACUUUGCUUCCAGUCUACAAUUAAAUCCUACUGUAAAUUCUCAAGGAGCACAAGAGGCAUUCUCACAGUGCCGCGUUUUUGCCUUUGCUGUGGGAUCCUCUGAUGGCGCUGGAGAUAGCUCCCUGGCUCUGGGGCAGCUGAAUGCUCUGGGCAGGUGGAUGCUCCUCCUUGCUCUCCUGCUUCAGUCUGUGAAUCUUGUUUUGGAAUUUUUUUCUCUUGGGUUUAAGAUAUAAUUUUAAUCAUUUAAUCAUUU